AUGGCAGAGGUGUGGAACCUUGCUGUGGUUCAGUGUGGACCCUCCAUGGCCCUGAGGCACUGGUUCAUUUUGCUCAACUCCUGGAGAGAUGCCACAGUUUGGAAGCCUGAUUCAUGCCAGAACUGUCGUUGCCAUGGCGAUAUGGUGAUCUGCAAACCUGUUGUCUGCAAAAACCCUCGGUGUGCCUUUGCAAAGGGAGAAGUGCUGCAGAUUGCCCCCAACCAGUGCUGCCCGCAGUGUGCACUGAGGACUUCUGGCUUUUGCCACCACGAGGGACAAAUCCACGAGCAUGGCACAGAGUGGACCUCGACCCCAUGCACUGUGUGCUCUUGCACUCAUGGAGAGGUGAGAUGCUCCCACCGACCGUGCUCCCCGUUAUCAUGUGGACCACAGGAGCUGGAAUUCCUUGCUGAAGGAGGCUGCUGCCCCAUCUGUGUGGGAGCAGGGAAACCCUGUUCCUAUGAUGGCCACAUAUAUCAGGAUGGAGAGGAGUGGCGACUGAGCCGAUGUGCCAAGUGUGUGUGCAGAAACGGGCUCAUCCAGUGCUUCACAGCUCAGUGUCAACCUCUGUUUUGUAAUCAGGAUGAAAUUGUCGUCCGAGUCCCUGGAAAAUGCUGUCCCCAGUGCUCGGCGAGAUCUUGUUCUGCGGCUGGCCAAGUGUACGAGCACGGCGAACAGUGGAAAGAAGAUGCCUGUACCCUGUGUAUGUGUGACCAGGGAGAGGUCAGGUGUCACAAACAGGCCUGCCCUCCACUGAAAUGUGAAAAGGGUCAAAGCAGAGCCAGGCACCAUGGGCAGUGUUGUGAAGAAUGUGUAUCCCCUGACAAAAGCUGCUCAUCCAGUGGGAUUCUGCGCUACCAGGAUGAAAUGUGGAAGGGCUCGGCCUGCGAGUUUUGCACGUGUGACCAGGGCCAAGUGACCUGCCAGACGGGAGAGUGUGCCAAGGUGGCUUGUGCCCUGGGUGAAGAAUUAGUUCACUUAGAGGGAAAAUGCUGCCCAGAAUGCAUCUCAAGGAAGGGUUAUUGUGUUUAUGAACAGAAGGCAGAAAUUAUGCCUUCAAAUGCAAGUGAAAUUAAGCAUAUUCCAGAGGGAGAGAAGUGGGAAGAAGGCCCUUGCAAGGUCUGUGAGUGCCAGCAGGCUCAGGUCACUUGCUAUGAGCCAUCAUGCCCACCAUGUCCAGUGGCCACCCUAGCCCUGGUAGUGAAGGGACAGUGCUGUCCGGACUGCACACCAGUUCAUUGCCACCCAGACUGCUUGACCUGCUCUCAUUCUCCAGACCACUGUGACCUCUGCCGGGAUCCCACAAAGCUUCUGCAGAAUGGACGAUGUGUGCAUAGCUGUGGGCUGGGCUUUUACCGUGCAGGCGGUCUCUGUUUAGCCUGCCAGCCCCAGUGCUCCACAUGUACCAAUGGACUGGAGUGCUCAUCUUGCCUGCCUCCUCUGCUGAUGCAGCAGGGCCAAUGUGUGUCCGCCUGUGGGGACGACUUCUACCAAGAUCGCCACACCUGUGCAGUCUGUCACAAGUCCUGUGCAAGUUGCUGGGGUCCCACAGAGAAACACUGUCUGGCCUGCAGAGCCCCACUGCAAGUGCUGAGAGAUGGCAGCUGUGAGAGCACCUGUGGCAAUGGAUUCUACAACAAGCAGGGGACCUGUAUAGCUUGUGACCAAUCCUGUAAGAGUUGUGGCCCCAGUAGUCCCAGAUGUCUCACCUGUACUGAGAAGACAGUGUUGCAUGAUGGGAAAUGCAUUUCUGAGUGCCCUGAUGGAUACUAUGCUGAUGCCACUGGAAGAUGCAAAGUUUGUCAUGUCUCCUGUGCCAGCUGCUCAGGACCUGCAGCUUCUCACUGUAUAGCCUGCAUCCACCCCCAGGCUCUCCAUCAAGGACACUGCCUGCCAAGCUGUGGACAGGGCUUCUAUCCCAACCAUGGGGUCUGUGAAGCCUGCCAUGCCUCCUGCCACACUUGUGUGGGUCCCAAGCCCUCUCAGUGUAUGGAGUGUAAGAAGCCAGAGGCAGGACUACGGGUGGAACAGCACUCAGGAACAAAUGUCCCCUAUGGCGAGUGUGUGCCCCAGUGUGGAUCCCACUUCUACUUGGAGAGCACUGGAAGGUGUGAAGCUUGCGACCCAUCCUGCCUCCAGUGUGCAGGGAAGAGCCCUCUCAGCUGCACAGUCUGUAAGCCUGCCCAUGUGCUGCUAUCUGGGCGCUGCCUUUCCCAAUGUCCAGAAAGCCACUUUAACCUGGAAGGUACCUGCACGGAGUGCCACCCAUCCUGCAGGCAGUGCCAUGGGCCCCUGGAAUCAGACUGUGUCUCCUGUCACCCGCACCUCACACUCACCAGUGGGUACUGCAAGACCAGCUGCAAGGAAGAGCAAUUCCUGAACUUCGUCGGAUACUGUGCUGAUUGCCAUCCUCUGUGCCAGCACUGCGUGGCUAACCUCCACGACACUGGUAGCAUCUGCCUAAAAUGCCAGCAUGCCCGCCACCUGCUACUCGGGGAUCACUGUGUUGCUGACUGCCCUCCUGGACACUAUGCAGAGAGGGGCACUUGUAAAAGAUGCCAUUCUUCCUGCAGGAGCUGCCAGAAUGGAGGACCUUUCUCCUGCUCCUCAUGUGCCACUGGUCUGCUUCUGACCCACAUUGGUACCUGCAGCACCACCUGCUUCCCUGGGCAUUACCCGGAUGAUAACCAAGUGUGCCAACCAUGCAACAUGCAUUGCAGAAGCUGUGACUCACAGGGCAGCUGCACCUCCUGCCGAGAGCCAAGCAAGGUCCUGCUCUUUGGAGAGUGCCAUUAUGAGAGCUGUGCCCCCCAGUACUAUCUCGACAUCUCCACCAAGACUUGCAGAGAAUGUGAUUGGAGUUGCAAUGCCUGUAGUGGGCCUCUUCGAACAGACUGCCUGCAAUGCAUGGAUGGCUAUGUUCUCCAGGAUGGUGUGUGCAUGGAGCAGUGUUCAGUCGAGCACUACCGAGACUCGGGCUUCUGUAAGCGCUGCAGCAGCCACUGUCUCCAGUGCCAAGGUCCCCAUGAGUGCACACGCUGUGAAGAGCCGUUUCUCCUCUUCCAAGCUCAGUGUGUCCAAGAAUGUGGGAAAGGAUACUUCCCAGAUCAUGCAAAACACAAAUGCACAGCCUGCCCUCGGGGAUGCUUGCAGUGCAGCCACAGAGAUGGGUGUCGCUUAUGUGGCCAUGGCUUCUUUCUGAAGAGUGGCCUCUGCAUGCCCACCUGUGUCCCCGGUUUCUCUGGCCACUCAUCUAAUGAAACUUGCACUGACAAAAUGUACACCCCGAGUCUUCAUGUGAAUGGCUCCUUGAUCCUUGGGAUUGGUUCAAUGAAGCCACUGGAUUUUUCUCUCCUGAACAUUCAACACCAGGAUGGCAGAGUGGAAGAUCUGCUGUUCCAUGUUGUCAGCACACCCACCAACGGUCAGCUGCUGCUCUCACGAAAUGGCAAAGAGGUCCAGCUGGAAAAGGCUGGACAUUUUAGCUGGAAAGAUGUAAACGGAAAGAAGGUGCGCUUCGUGCACAGCAAAGAGAAGCUCAGGAAAGGCUACUUUUCCUUGAAAAUUAGUGACCAGCAGUUCUUCUCUGAGCCACAGCUGAUCAACAUAGAAGCAUUUUCAACUCAGGCCCCAUACGUGCUGAGAAAUGAGGUUCUCCACAUCAGCAAAGGAGAGCAGGCAGCCAUCACCACCCAGCUGCUUGACAUCCGGGAUGAUGACAACCCACAGGAUGUGGUGGUGACAGUGCUUGAUCCUCCACUUCAUGGCCAAUUGCUCCAAACGCUUCCAGCCCCUGCAGCCCCGAUCUAUCAGUUCCAUCUGGAUGACCUCUCCAGGGGCCUCCUCCUCUAUGCUCACGAUGGCUCAGACAGCACAUCUGAUGUUGUAGUCCUGCAGGCCAAUGAUGGACACUCCUUCCAGAAUAUACUGUUUCGUGUGAAGAGUGUGCCCAAG